AAAAUAUAUUUUCUACCAACAUCGUAGUUAUAGAAACGACGCUUCUUGUUUUGUUUAUUUUGAAUAGCCGGCAAUCGUUACCAAGCCAAAAUGCCGAAAGUAUUAUUUCAGAAGUACAAGAAGGUGGUUAGCAACAUCGACCCGACGCGUCAUAGUGCCAAAUUCAAAGAAAUCGACGAAUGGAGGCGCUCACAAGUUACUGAGUCGGAAUUGGCAGAUGAAAUGGAGGGGGAGUACGAGCCGGAAAUGGAGGAAAUGAGGGAAAGUGAAUUCAGUUUGUCCGAGGGCGAAGCUUCGCUGAAUAUCGGAAAGAUCGAUCUAUCGUUUCCCGAGACAAUCGAGGAGUUUGAGAACAGUCCGCAGUGCUAUCCCCCCACAUAUUAUACCCUUUCGCCCAAAGAGCGAUUGCUGCUUCUUUAUGCUGAGAAUUUCCGGAAGCAAUUGGUUCUCAGUUAUCCAAAGAGACGAGCGAUGGUUCUGGCUCUGCCCAAUGAAUGCAAAGUACAGAAAUUCGUUUGCACCACCAUCAGGCCAACAGCGUUUAUUUACACGCAACUCAUUUCAAGCGUUGAGGAAAUUGCCAAGUUUGUCGCCGAUUUUAUUCAGUAUGAACCCCUAGAGGAUCCAAUUAAUUUGGGUGGUGAAUAA